AUGAUACUGAAACAUCCUUCAAAUGUGGGUGCAUUUAAAGAGGAUUGUGAUUAUUCAAAAGGAAAAUGGGUAUGGGAUACAGAAAGGAACAUAUACAACUCUAGUGAGUGGAUUUGCCCCACAAGGCCAACAGGAUACAACUGUGAAAUGAAUGGGAAGGACCUUGAAUAUUUGAAUUGGAGAUGGAAACCAGAUGGUUGUGAGCUUCCUAAGUUUGAACCUUAUAGCUUUCUUAACAUCAUCAGAGGAAAGACACUUGCCUUUGUUGGAGACUCUCUUUCCUUGAAUCAACUGAAUUCACUCCUUUGUCUUGUAUCUCAGGUGGAGAAACCAAUAGAAAUAUUGGAUGAAAUGAUAGAGGGAAAAUUCUUCACAUGGUCCUUCCCACUCCAUGAUACAAAACUUAAUUUUGUAUGGUCAAGAUUCCUUGUGGAAGCAAAACAAAUAGUAGAAAAAGGAGAGCCAAUAGAUGUAUAUGAAGUGCAACUAGAUAAGAUCAACACAAUGUUUGCAAACCUACUUCCCAAGUUCCAUUACAUUGUAAUAUCAAGUGGCAAUUGGUGGUUCUCCAAAAAGAUAUACUUGUAUGAAGGUGGCAAACUCAUAGGGUGCAUAAACUGUAAAGAUGAGAAAAAACUAACAAAACAUGAGACAAAGUUUGGAUUGCAGAAGGCAUUCAAAACAGUGUUCCAAUACAUAAGCAAGUGUGAAGAGUGCAAGGAGUUGUUCACUUUGUUGAGGACUUACUCACCUUCACACUUUGAGAAGGGUUCAUGGUUUGAUGGAGGGUAUUGCAGAAGGAGUCAUCCUUUGGAGAAUGAGGAGAAUGCUAAACAAAAGUUGAGGUCUCAAUGGAAAAACUUGUGA